AUGCAGUCCCAGCGGCGAGCGCUGCCGGCCAAGCCGCUGCUGUCCUUCCCGCCAGAACCACCACGAGCCUCCCUCCUCCCACGACGAGAGGGCGAGCGACCUCGGUCGACCCUAUUCCGCGUCGUCGCCCUCUUGCCGCUCGUCGGCAUCUUCUGCCUGCUCGCGUUUGCCACUUACGCCUGCCUGUGGUCCCUCUGCAUCAGCUACCUCCUCGCGCAACGCGGCGAGACGACAAAGGGCCUCAUCUACGCCGUCAUCUACUCGUGGCUCCUGUACGGGUGCGGCGGCAGCUUCUGGAUGGCCUACUGGCGAGGCGGCGGCAUCGUUCCUGGCGCCGGCGACUACAAGCGCUCGGACGAGGAGGCGCGCGUCGCCGACGAGGGCGUCAUGGCCGACGUCGAGACGUUCUUGCUCGGGCGAGGGAGCAGCGAGGAGGAGGCGGUUGAGCGGCCCGACGGCGCCAUCGAGACGGAGCGCCUGCUCGAGGGCGACGAGGUCGGGCGGGCACGGCCAGAGCGAGGCCACGCGCGCAGGAUGCUCCAGGUCAAGAGCGACGGCACUGCUCGUUUCUGCCGCAAGUGCAACGUUCCCAAGCCCGACCGAGCCCAUCACUGCUCGUCCUGUCGUCGCUGCGUCCUCAAGAUGGACCACCACUGUCCUUGGCUCGGCGGCGGCUGCGUCGGAUGGGCCAACUACAAGUUCUUCGUUCUGUCGCUCUCGUACACGGGCCUCCUCGGCGGCUUCAUCGCCGUCGUCCUCUUCCGCGAGCUCGUCAACUUUGUCAACAACACCGAUGAUGGGUUCGAGUACGCGCCCAUCUCGUGGGCGCUCGCCGCUCUCCUCGGCGCCAUCUUUGGCUUUGCGGUCGGCGCGUUCGGCCUGUAUCACCUGUACCUCGUCUCGAAGAACCGCUCGACCAUCGAGGCCAUGGAGCACCCGACCUCGCUCGCGCUCCUCGCGCCGACCACGCGCCUCCAGCCUCACGACCUCACCUCGAAGCAGCGCCGCGCCCUGCACGCUGCCGGCCGCAAGUACAAUAUCUACGACCUCGGCCGCAAGGACAACUUUAAGCAGGUCUUUGGCGACAAGUGGUGGCUGUGGGGCGUGCCGCUCGGCUGGCCACCCGGCGACGGCCAGUCCUUCCCGAUCAACACGGCGCACCUCUCGGCCCUGCGGCGAGCGACCGCCGCCGUCUACGCCGAGGCGGCCGCCGCGCGGUACGAGGCGCGCGAGGGCUCGUUCGAGCUCGAGACGGCGACGGCGUCGGGCACCGAUGAGGACGACGCGAGCGACGAGGACGGGCCGCUGCGGCGAGCAUGAGCGGGACGGCGAGCGAGCGGCGAGGGCACCUUGUUGUAGAACCAGAGGGUCGACGAGAGUGGACGAGGCAACCACGAAUCGGUAUUGCGUGCG